GAUGACCCGGAAGUGAUCCCUGGAGCGCGGGCCGCGUGGAUCGUCUACUGGGAGUCGGUGCCGCGGCCGCUGAGAUGACCAAAAUAAAGGGAGAUCCCGACGGGCAAGAGGCUCAGGCGGAGGCGUGCACCGGGGAGCGCACUUACCACGAGCUGCUGGUGAAUCUGAACCCCAUCGCACAGCCCCUGGCUUCUCGCCGCCUUACUCGGAAGCUCUACAAAUGCAUCAAGAAAGCCGUGAAGCAGAAGCAGAUUUGGCGCGGGGUGAAGGAGGUUCAGAAGUUUGUCAACAAAGGCGAGAAAGGGAUCAUGGUUUUGGCAGGAGACACGUUGCCCAUUGAGGUAUACUGCCACCUCCCGGUUAUGUGCGAGGACCGGAGUCUGCCCUACGUCUACAUCCCCUCGAAGACAGACCUGGGAGCGGCUGCGGGCUCCAAGCGCCCCACCUGCGUGAUAAUGGUCAAGCCCCACGAAGACUACCAGGAGGCCUAUGACGAGUGCCUGCAGGAGGUGCAAGCCCUGCCCCUGCCGCUGUGAAGGCCUUGGCAGCAGCCUGGGCGCCUGCUCCGGAAGCUGGGUGGCUGGCCGGGGCCCACUGGCCGCUCUCCUGCUGCGCACCCUCAGCGUCGCCCAGUCUCCUGAAGCACAUAUUUCCCCCCGGGCAGCUCCAACAGCAUGUUCUCCCCCGGGUGCUGUUUCCUGUUGAGUUUCCUGGCACUAGGUUCCAAGGAGGUGUGAAGGGAAGUAAAAGCUAAGGCUAUAA